AUGAUGGAAGAAGUUGAACUCUGCUUUCCACAACUCCUCAACGCCUCAUGCAGGAGGCCGGAUCCUCCUCAGUUUGAGGAUCUGCUCGUUUACAUCCUGCUGUUCUUCAUCUCUGUGCUCACUGCUGCUCUCAACCUGCUUGUCAUCAUCUCCAUUUCCCACUUCAGGCAGCUCCACUCCCCCACCAACCUCCUCCUCCUCUCUCUGGCUGUCUCAGACUUCUUCGUGGGCCUCCUGGUGUUGCCGAUUGAAGUCCUCAUGACCGGGACCUGCUGGGUCCUGGGUGACCUCAUAUGUGCUCUGUAUUUCUUCCUACCGGUCACCCUGAUCUCUGCCUCUGUAGGAAGCAUGGUGCUCAUAUCAAUCGACCGCUAUGUGGCGGUUUGUGACCCUCUGCAUUACCCCACCAGAGUCACUGAAAAACUAGUUACUGUCAGUCUUUGUCUGUGUUGGAUCUGCUCUGUUCUCUACAGCGUUUUCAUGUUAUAUGACCACCUGAAACAACCGGGCAGGUAUAAUUCCUGCUAUGGAGAGUGUGUGGUUAGCGUUGCAGGAGAUGUAGACCUUGUUGUUGCCUUUAUUAUUCCCAUUACAGUCAUUGUAGUUCUGUAUAUGAGAGUGUUUGUGGUGGCAGUGUCUCAGGCCCGUGCCAUGCGCUCUCACGUUGCAGCUCUUUCAGUGACUCUGACAAAGAAAUCUGAGGCUGAAGCAAGCGCUAGGGACUCUUUGCAUAGCGGUUGCAGUUUCCUGAUUUUGGCUAUUCCCGGCUAG